AUGUUGUCGCUUGGCUUUUACAACGUUCUUCUCUCGCUGUGCUUUGCUGCGGCAGGGGCGGCGAUACUCUAUUGCGCUACCCGGAUCAUUUAUAACCUCUAUUUUCAUCCUCUGGCCAAGUUCCCGGGGCCCAAGCUCGCCGGCGCGAGCGAGAUUUGGUACAUGACACUCAUUCUCGGGAACGACAGGAUCGGGGGUCGGUGGCCGUUCGAGAUCAACAAGGCCCACGAGCGGUACGGCGACGUGGUACGCAUUGCACCAAACGAACUUUCGUUCCGGACGAUACGAGCCUUCGAGGACAUCUAUGGGUUUCAGCAAAAGAAACCCCAAUUCUUAAAGUCGGCCUUUUACGACAAUCCUGACGAGAUGUCUCCCAUGGGAGCAGAAAGGGACCCGAUCAAACACCGGGAGACGAGGCGUCUGUUCACCCACGCCUUCAGCGCCACGGGACUUCGGGAGCAGAAACCGACCAUCAUCGGAUACGUCGAUUUCCUCAUACAAAAGCUUUCCAAGGAGGGGGCUGGUCCAGAUGGAUGGCUAUUGUGGGUCAGCUUCGACAUCAUCGGCGAGUUGGUGUUUAACGAAUCCUUUCACGCGAUAGAGAGAGGCCAAACGGACUCGAUGAUGCAGAUCCUGGUCAACAUCCUCUAUGCCGGAUCUUUCUUCCAGAUCUUCAAAAGAUUACCCAUCUUGAAACCUCUUGCUCCCUUUCUUCUCCCGUUGAAACAGUUGAUGAAGGAUCGAUCCGACCACCAUCAUUUCACGCACGAACGAAUGCAGCAACGCAUCGACAAUGAGAACCCUCACCCGGACUUUUUCAGUGAUUUGUUGAAAGAUGAAUCCAAAAGACCCUCGUUCGAGUUUCUCCGGACCAACGCAAGCUCGUUGUUGAUUGCCGGCGCCGAAAACCCUGCCAUCACCAUAUCAGCGAUGAUAUACUACCUCUUCACGAGACCCGAAAUGCUCCAAGCGCUACAGAAGGAAAUCCGAGGGGCAUUUCAAAAUGACAAAGACAUCGACACCUACGAUCUGGAGAGUCUCCCACUGAUGUCCGCCAUACUGAAGGAGACGCAACGCCUAUUCUCACCUCUCCCGAUCAGCUUACCUCGAGUCAGCCCUGGUUCGGAGGUCGACGGCCGUUACAUACCAGAAGGAACCGUUGUUUCGUGUCAUCAGUACGCCCUCGCUCACAACCGUGCCUACUUCGCCGACGCUCACGAAUUCCGUCCCGAACGAUUCCUCAACAGGUCCCAUUGGCUUUACGACACCAGAUACGCCAACGACGAUCUGGCCGCGUCCAAGCCUUUCUUGACCGGUCCGCGCAUGUGCAUCGGCAAGCACCUCGCGUACCUGGAGAUGCGCUUGUUGAUAGCCAAGUUGGUUUUCAAUUUCGACUGGGAGAUCCUGCAGACCGUGGGACCGGGCAAGGAGUUGGACUGGAUGCGUGACGUGAGGGCACAGUUUCUCUGGUCGCGCCCGAACAUCAAACUUCGUUUCAUCCCUAGAAAUGUCCCAGAAGGGGUGGGAGCCACCUAG